AUGCUGUUUCUCGCGUGUGUUCUGGCAGCCGCCGCGCCGACCGAGGCCGCGGCUGCCGGCCGCGGCUUGGCCCGGCGCGCCGCGACGCUGCCUGAUCCGGCGUACCUGCGCGUGGCCACGUGGAACGUCGCGGCGAUCAACAACAACCCGUUCGAGUACUGGAUCACUCACGACGACCCAAAGUACAACCAGAUGAUGCAGGACGUGCAGGCCUUCCUCGACGAGCCGGGCGCCGCGGACGUCGCCGUCUCGACCGCGAUGCUGGGUGAGCUGCAGGCCAAGAUGACGGAGGCGGGGUGGGAUCACGUGGACGAGGCGGUGGCCGAGUGGCGGUCGCAGUAUGCGGGCCGGCAGAUCAUCGCGGGCUUCAUGAAGGACAAGGACCUGGGCAAGAAGCGGCUGAUGUCGAUGCCCGACCGCACGACCAACACGAUCAACCUCGCGAGCGGGCAGACCGCGACGCGGCCAACCGCGAUCAACUGCUACGGCGCGGAGUUUGCCUCGAUGGAGCAGUGGUGGGCGCAGUGGAAGGGCUUCAUGUUUGACACCAAGCUCUCCCUCGCCUCCGGCAAGGAGGCGACCCCGAGCCAGCUCGCGGCUUUUGACGGCAUCCUGGUCCACAUGCUCAACACGGUCGGCGGAGGGGCGCACAAGGAGACCUGGCAGCCGAUGCGGCGGCAGAUGUGCGUCGCGCUCAACUCGCGCAAGACGCACCGCACGCUCGCCAUCCUAGAAGCGGAAGACGGAGUCCGGCUCGCGAUCCUCUCUCGCAGCUACGCCGACUCGGACGCGAUCUUCCUGCAGGAGAUAUGGGGAGAUAUGGGGAGAUAUGGGGAGAUUUUGGGAGAUAGCUACGCCGACUCGGACGCCAUCUUCCUGCAGGAGGUGUCCGGCGCGAUGGUCGCGCAGCUGCGCGAGCACCCCAAGCUGUCGCGGAACUUCUCGCUGCACGUGGCGCCGAACGACGGCAAGCGCGACCAGAUCUCGGUGCUGCUCCUCUCGCGCAGCCGGUUCGACCCGGCCUCCGCCACGAGCCUCAACCCAGCCUUCGACGCACUCCUCGCCGGCCUGGGGGGUGACGUCCCGGUAUGGUACCAGGAGCCGCAGGGCGUCUCCGAGUUCGCGGCAGAGUACCGCCAGCUCGGCCUCACCUCCUGCUGGGGCGACGCGCCCGACCCGACGAACAUCACAACCUUCAACGCGCGGACCUACCUGCAGCCGCAGCUCAACAAGGCCGUCGCGUACAAGGACCUUGCCUCGCCGGGCACCGGCGACAAGAACCCGAAGGACUUCCUCCUCUUCCCAAGGGGCAGCUUUGGCGUCGAGUCGACGACAAAGGACAACACCGGCCAAAAGGCGUACGUCGAGAGGCAGCCCUUCCCGACCCUCACCUUCCCGUCCGACCACGGCGUCCUCUCCUCAGUGCUCAAGCUGCUGCCUCCGCCGAGCCCGCUCGCCUCGGAGCUCCGCACCGCGCGGCGCUCCUUGCGUGCCGCCGAGUGA